AUGACGAAUUCUAGCAGCGAUAUUCGUGUGGUAGUAGGCAUUGAUUUCGGAACAACUUAUUCAGGAUUUGCCUACGCGUAUGUUAACGCGAAUGUGGACACGCCCAAUAGCAUAGAGACUAAUGAUACUUGGCCCGAAAAAAAAGGCGAAUUCAAAACAAAUACGGUUAUUCGAUAUGAUGAUAAGUUCAAUGUUCUCAAGUGGGGUUUACCUGCUUUGGCUGAAAAGGUUUCCAGAAAGAGUAAAAACUCAAAAUUUGAAGAAAUUCAGAUUGCUGAGUUAUUCAAGCUUCAUCUCGGCGACAUUUCCGAAGAAGAAAAACCAAAGUUACCUCUAGGUUUAGAUCCCAGAAAAGCAAUCACUGAUUAUUUAUGUGAAAUUAGAAAGCUUCUAAAAUCCAGAAUAUCUGACCGAUGGCCAGGAUUGAUUUACUUUAAACAUGUUCGGAUUGUUCUCACUAUUCCCGUUGAAUAUGAUGAGAGAGUUCGCGCUAUCAUGCGACAAUGUGCCUACGAUGCGGAACUUAUACUUACACUUGAAUCAGAAAAUCUGGAAUUCACUACUGAAUCGGAAGCAGCUGCAAUUUAUUGUCUUGAAAAUCUAAGUGAACAUCCCUUAAAAGAAGGAGAUUCAUUUAUGAUUGUUGAUUGUGGCGGCGGGACAGUCGAUUUGACAGUUCGCACGAUUCUCCCCGAUUUACAAUUAAGUGAACUCACAGAAAGCACUGGUGAUUUCUGCGGCUCUGCAUAUAUUGACAAAGAAUUCAAAAAAUUUUUGGAAAUUAAAAUUGGAAAGUCAGCGCUUAAAUUUAUGGAAGAGAAGCAUUAUCCUCACCUUCAAUAUUUGAUUCAAUACUUCUGCACCCAUGUUAAGCUUCCAUUCGAUGGCGAUGAAAGAAACUGGCGAAACAAAGAAAUUGAUCUUGAAGAAGUUUGUCCCGUUAUUAUGCAAUACGUGAAAGGCGAGGAAAGAGAAGACCUAGAAGGGUGUGAAUGGCUUAUCGAAUUAGACUUCCAGACGGUUAAAUAUUUCUUUGACAAAGUCGUCGGCAAUAUUUUAAAGCUAAUCCGCGAACAACUGACCAAGUCGGAAAAGAAUAUCGCUGCAAUUUUUUUAGUUGGCGGGUUUUCUGAAUCCAAUAUUGUUAAGGGUGCUGUUAUAUAUGGUCUGAAGAUGGAUGCAAUUAAAACACGUGUACUCAAAAAAACUUACGGGAUCAAUUAUUGCCGCAAUUGGACCCCCAAUGAUCCAGCCGAAAAAAUGAAAAUUAUAGGUGGUCAAAAGAAAAUUUUAGUUUUUAAGAGAUUGGCUAAAAAAGGGACUGAGGUUUAUGUUGACCAAGCAUUCAAAGAAAUAGUUUAUCCGAUAUAUAAAGAACAGUCAGCAUGUAAUUUCUCUAUCUAUAAAAUUAAUGCUGACGAUGGAAAAUACUGUGAUGAUCCAGAAAUGAAGUUAUUUGGGACACUUAAUUUGGAAAUUCCUGACGUUCAUCUUGGCUUUGGUCGUCCAAUGGAAUUCACUUUGACCUUUGGACAAAUGGAAACGCGUGCUUUUGCGAAGGCACUUAAGUCGGGAAAGUCGGUUCAAGCAAAUUUUAAAUUAGAGUUAUAA